AUGUCUUCGGAAAAACACUGCAGGGAGAUCAAUAUGUUUAACAUUAAAUGGCUUAAUAUUCAAAAACCAGGAGAUUGUCAUGGACAAACGUUAAUAGAGGUAAAUAAAAUAGCUAAGCUGAUUCUGGUGAUACUAUUUUGUUUUCGUUUUCGCGAAAACGUAAGAGAACGUUUUCUAGACCUUAAUUUCACGAUUUGAGGGAAAAUUGAUUCAAAAGGGCUGAAUUCUAUGUAUAGAGUGUUUUCACUCACGUGGCCAGCAUCUAUGCAAAUUUAUUGGAACAAAAGAAAGCGUUUGCAUAAGAAAGGAGUUCAACUCCCACAGGACUGGUUUGGGACACCAACAUGGCCGCAGUUUCAUUGUUUUGGGACACCAAUAUGGCCGCCGUGACGUCAUGUGAAAACACUCUAUAGCCAUAAUUUACAUUUAUCUGAAUGAUAUGGAUAUUAAAUUAAAACAGAACAAACGUGACUUCCUACUUUAUAGGCUGGUAGAAUACGCUAUGUGCUAUUUUUUCGUGCACACCCAAUGAAAUUGUGGCUGUUACUGUCGACUAAUUUUUCUAAAAAACUGUAAGAACAUUGAGGUUUGGCUAGGCAGUGAUUUUGCUACAAAUAGUUAUGGUGAGUCUCGGGACUCAUCUUGUGAAAAGUCACGAGUCCCAGUGCAGAACCAAUGAAUCCCAGUUAAAAAAACGAGUCCUAAAUUGAACUUGCCUGGGCCUUUAUGUAACCAGACAGUUAAUGUGAAGACAGACUUCAAAACUCUUUAGUACAGUUUACUGAAAUUAUAAUAUAGUCCUUCUUUUUGAAGCACAAAAAAGACUUAAAGAAGUAUGCGUCGUUAAACAACGGCUACAACAACAGCCACAGAAAUCACAUGAACAGGAUAUUCUACAAAAAUAUCGAUCGAUCGAUCAAUCUUUGCGUUCGACAGGACGCAUGCCAUGAAUUAUUUUGCGUCUUUGGGGAUUUUUAUGCGUCAGGGACGCGGACGCAGAGGUAACAAAAUCACUGCUAGGGAGGAAACGGAGCAAAGCUACAGAAAGUAUUUUGUAGAUCAUUAUAAAAUCUAUUUGCUGGAUUUUUUAGGUGAAUUGAUAUCGACCACAAGUUGAAACAACUCUUUUUGGGGUCACGUUUUAGCCAUAUAAGGUGUUCUUUGGCUAGCUGGGGUAAAGUGUUGACAGUCCUCAUUUCAUUCCAGUUUGAGUUGACGUUUAAGGAAAAAUGUUUGUUGGACAGGUAGUCCCAUAUUCACACGUUACGCACUAUAGACAGACUCCAAAAAUGUGUUUAUUGUAUUUUGAUAAUUGCAGGGUGAAUACAACUGUACCAUUUCUUUAAGCAAAGAAUGUUCCAGAUUUAACUACUCCAUAAGGGUAAGAGUACCACAACAUAAACUUUCUUGUAUGGCACUCUUUCAUUGUUAGGGUUACUUCUUCAUGACACGUAAUAAUUGUACGUUAAGUUUAGGUCCUGGUCCAUUGAAGAAGGUAAUUUUAUUUUGUUUUAUUAGCCUGAAUUUAAGCCAUCUCCUCCAGUCGCAAAAUUCCUGAAAGAGACGUCUGAAUCAACGAGCCGCUAAUGCUGUCCAGUCACGUCACUAUCUGAAAACUCGGUAGUGACUGAUUGGCUGAUUGUCAAAACAUUCGCUUAAUUCUGUGUUAAUACGCGGGAAUAUUUAUCACAUCGCAUGCUUGCGUGGAUCGAAGUCAUUGUGGAGUUUAAAAUUUCGACAAUCUUUAUCGUAAACAGCAAAAUAAACUUUUCCAGUUCUUGUCUUCGAAACUGUGACUUGUUUAUGUGAACUACGAAUGAAGUGUCUAUGUGGAAAGUCAGUAGGUUUUUAGUUAAAGCCUCUUUGUGGUUUCGGUAGUGAUAUCGGAUUGAUGCUUGUGAGAUCAUAAGCGACUAGCUUGUGUCAUGCUAGCAAAUUUUUCGAGCGUUAAUUCUGUCAUUUCCACUAUCAAGUGUAAUGAUUCUGUUGGUUUUUGUUGCAUCCUUAUUUCAGGAAAAAACCUGUUUGGGUCACCCUGUGUUUAUAAAUCUAGAAGGAAAAGAAAUCACAAGAAACAGUUGUUUAGGGACCUCCUCCAACAUGCCAAACAAUUAAUUCCAAUACUAAGAAACACUGUAGAUAUUUACUGUAGAUACACAGCAAGAAAUCAAAUGUGGUAAAAUACCCUCCCCAAAAAAACAGAAAUUGGUUUCAAGAAAACAAAAACGAAUCGACGUAUCGCUGAAUCAUCUUAACGUUUUUUUUUUUUCAAACUGAAGCUAACAUUAAGUGACACCAAGUGCUAUGACCUUUUAUGCAAUUAACCAUUCAAUUCAAAGUAGACAGACUGCAAAUUAUCUUAGUUGCUAAAAAAUAUAUAUCUACGUGUCGCAACUGUUCAUCAGUAGGAUGCCUAAAAUGCGUGCAAUUCCACAAUUGGUUUCGGCUCCAUUAAAUCCUAUACCAAUUGCAGAACAUUUUAGGAGGAGCCACCCACCAUGUGAGCACAUGCAGUCACGGACAAUGUAUAAGUGAGGAAAAUAACGCAAAGUAAAAUUAAGACGUUAAUAAACGAACUAAAUGUACACAUCAAUUAAAUAAAUAAACAAAUAAUGCGCGCGCUCAAAAUAAAAUUGUUAUUGUUCCACAUAACACAAAGAAAUCAAAAACAGCUGAACUGCUGAAUCUUCAAGAUGAUAAAAAAAGACAAGUAUAUAAAUCAAGGAGCAGUUGAACAUUCAGAUGAGUUCAACGAACAAGCUUCGUCCGAAGGGUGGUUAUAACACAAAGAAAAAAUGUACUCAGCACCACCUUACCUUUAAAAUUCUGUGACGGCCUCAAAGUGUAACAUCGUAGCGAUCCAUUCGUGACAUUGCUGGGAUUGAAAUUGCUGGAAUCAAAUGUGCCGAACAAACUCCUACUGAAUUUUCACGCAUCAACGCGACAGCUUUCCAGCUCUUCUCUUGCUACUUUGACUUUGCAUCCUACACAACCUGACUUGCAGAUGAUUCCAAGUUGCAGCCAAUAAAAUCGCACAAUUUUUCUGGCCAAGGGCACGGCCUACGGGAAAGUUAAAAAACAAGACGCCGUGGGAGCGUAUAUUUGGGUGUCAAUUUGCAAGGGGUGUGGGAAGUGUUUUAUGGGUUUCAGGGCUGUGUGAGUAGUGCAGUAGCGUUGUAUGUUUAGGGGUUGGUUGAGACGUGUGAAGUGGAAGGCGUGGAGUUAUAUUGGACGUGGAUUGGUAAGAUAAUGCCUGUAGUUUGUUAAUCAGUCUGGUUUCUCGUAAAAUUUAACAUGAAGUAAUAAGAAUUAAUUUUUUGGAAGGUAAAAGCUAUUUUAGGUGUUGCGGUGGGGUAGUUGUGGGAGUGCUAAUUUGGCUAUGAAGGGAUAGUGUAAUUACAGUCUGUUGAAAUGAAGUGGUGAUUGUGAAAGAUCUUAUCAAUAGUGGAAAACAUACUUGAACUUAUUUUAAACGUUGUGAGGCUUUCUGUUCUGGACAAUAUUUGUAUGGAGAGAAUGUAGAUAAGGGGAAAGUUCAUUUAAUACAGAGAAGGAGGUAUGAAGAAAAUUUUGUGUGUGUGUUCGGGGGGCUUCCAAAAAUCGGUGAGGUCUUUGGGGAGCGCGUAAAAUCUGGCUAUGAAAUUAAGGGCCGGAUUGCAUAAGCCGGGCUGGUUUCGCUUUGCAGAGAUCUCGGCGCCUUAGUUAAACACAACAGAAAUCAACUUUGAAAAACAAAUUGUUUACUUUGAUCUUAUUCAGUCACAAUAUGUUGGCGAUGCACUGGUCAUUUUGCUUCGCAUUGUUACUGUAGAGAAGGAGAGGUCGGUCAGCGAGUCAGCUCGGCUCUCUUGUAAGAGUGGCUAAACUGCAAUUCAAGCCACCACCGCAGCAACCACCAUCACAGAAACGCAAACGACAAAGAAAUGUUAUAUGGUUUAAUCCACCAUACAACAAAAACAUCAAAACCAACAUCGCCUUAUUGAAAGAUCUUUUCCAGCGGUCUACGACUGAGGAAAAUUUUCAACAGGAACACCGUAAAGCUCAGCUACACCUGCAUGCCCAACGUCAAAGAAAUAAUAGAUGGCCACAGCAAAGCCAUUCUCAAGAUAGCAGAAACAGCUCAACCACAGAAAGACGGAGGGAAAACGUGUAGCCGUAGGAAGAAAGAAGACUGCCCACUAAACGGGGAAUGCCUGAUGAGUGAAGUCGUGUACUAAGCCACGGUCACAAUCCGAGACAAAAAAGAGACAUACAUCGGUCUCACAGCUGCUCAGUUCAAGGCAAGAUACAAAAACCACAUGAUGUCAUUUAGACAUGAAAAGAGAAGGAAUGAGACUGAGCUGAGUAAGCAACUGUGACAGAUAAAGGAGGCAAAUAAAGAAUUCGGUAUCACUUGGAAAAUACUCGCCAAAGCAAAACCUUACACCAACCUUGCAAAACAUUGUAAUCUAUGUACUAGAGAGAAGUUCUUUUUAAUCUGUAGGCCUUAGAUGGCAACACUGAACAAGCUCAACGAACCUGUCUCAACAUGUAGACGUCGGUGCAAGUUCAUCCUAAGGUAUAAUUGAACAUGUCAAAGGCAGAGAUUUUAGCGCGAGCAUUUAGGGUGACUUAGGUUUCGUAUAAGAGUUGUAGGCGAUUAAGAGCACGCGCGCGCUUUUCAUUCUAAAAUUUUUAAAAGUUUAAAUUUCAAACGUUAUAUGUAACCGUUUUUACUACGCGAUCAUACCCCCAUGGCAUUCUGUUGUUGCCCACAACUAGCAGUACUGCGUUAGAUAUUCAGCAUUUAUAACAUGACGUGGAUGUGCAUUUAUAUUCAAGAGUGAAAGAAAUCUUUUGGAUAGAAAAGGAUUCUACAAAUAUAUAUUCCUUGUGUUAGAGCUAAUUUUAUGUGGAUCCCAAUGUAAGGAAUCAAAUUCAGGAAAUUCAUGUCUGUUGUCUGUACUUUAAACUGGAAUGGCAGUCCAGCAAGUGCAAAGCUUAACAAGGGCAAAAGUUCUUUUGCACUUGCACAUGUGCUAGUGUCAAAGUGGGAGUAAUGCAGUAAUGAUCAUCCAUGCACAUCCAUGUCUUAUAUUUUAUAUUGAUUUCAGUUCAGGUCAAGUAAUACGGGCAACAUUUUCGCUCGACUUGUCGCGCAACACUGUUGCAUUGCAAGUUGAAAAGGGUUGUUGCCCGUAUUACAAUUUCGCUCUCAACUUGUCACGCAACAAAUUUCGAUGUUGCAAGUUGUGGUUCAUUUAGAAAAUCCUGCGUUGUGAUUGGUCAGUGGUGUGUUUUGCGUCAGCAAACAAAGUGUGGAUUGGUUUGCGGGAAGAGAGGGGGCUUUACCAUUAGCUUGUAAAGGAACUUGAGUCGGGAAACAUUUUUGCUUAAAUUUUUGACAUAAGUGAUAACUCAUCCAAAGAUCUUGUCCUCCGCUGCUUGUUUUUAUUAUCUGCUCAACAAGGGUUCUUGUAAAAUGAAUCUGAGAGCUUACAGAGCAUGAUUGUUAAAACUCAAUCCUAUCUAACCCACCCCCCCCCCUCCCUUGGACGCGAUAUCAAACAUACAAGAAUGAAAGAGUGUUCCAAAACAAUUCUUUGUUGGGACAUACUCUUGCAUGUUAAAGAAAAAUCUGAAAACAAGGUUGAAAAGGACAGGAAGAAUUUGGCUAUCUUUCACGAAGUUUUAGCAAAUAAUAUUUGACAUUCCGCCGCCUCGAUCUCUAAAUCGUUGAGAUUAAGUAAUCGACAUGGAGCAUCAAAGUACAUGUAAACCAAAAAAGCAAAUUUCCAAAACGAAAAGAAAAUUGCUAUAUAAAUUACGCUAAAUUCUGGCCACUAUAAUUAUGUUACAUAACCUUCGGUGAUACUGCUCCACGUUUCAAAAAGUAAAUCAAGGAGUAUAUCUUACCUAAAUGCUAGGCAGCUCUGCAGAUCAUGGACGAUAACCCAGAAAUCCGCGACCGCUUGAAUGUUAACACAGAAACAUCUCAAAACAAACGACUUCGUGAACGCUUUGUCCGCUUCUUCAGUGGCCAAACUGAGGAAAAUUAACCGGCUAAAUGGUCCUUCUACCAUACAUGAGAAUUCGGAAUAUGAUACAUGUCUGCCGUUGAGUGGAUAUGGAAAACAAUCUCCCUUGAAAGUGUUUCAGGUCAGCUUUCCGCCAUCACGAAAUCCCGUCAACAGAUUAUCACUUGCUGUUCGUUGACAGCGCUUAUCCUGUUUUCAAUAAAAUUCUGAAUAUCGUUGACUGUUUCUUUUCACAGGAACCUAUAUUUACUCGCAUUGUAUUCGAGUAACUGAUCCAGUUCCGAUAGGCAAUCGUUUUGGAAAAGUGUAGGCGACUUUAAAAAGUUGCGGGACCGGAGCAAUUUUGACCAAGCGGUGGAAGGGGAGACUAAAUUGCUUCUGGAGCGUGACCAGAAGCGUGAUCAAGCAAAAAGCAAUGCAAAAUUUUGUGGUCAGCCCAGUACAAGAAACAUUAAUCUAGAUUUUUCACUCAAGCAACUCCGGUUGACUGCUCCUAAAGUGUUUAAUUUUGCGCCAAAACCAAACGCAAGGUACCCGUCUGGGAUUCCCUUCCCUACCCUACUGAGUUUUGCACCCCUACCCUCAGCGUCUGCACGGACAGUCUUUUGGGCGUACGCUGACCUCAUAACCAAAUUUUCUCGGAUUCAUAGGUUGCCAAUUUCCUUUAGCUAUAGGACUCUGCUGCGCGCGUGCUUCCCGCGCGUGCACGCUUCGGUACACAUUCUGCGGGGUGGUUUAAUUUGCCUUGUUACAGUACGGUAAAAAGCUGCCUGUAUUUCAUAUUUUCCUACUUCAUAUUAUACCUUUGCGGCACGAAGCUAGGUUCAUUUAUUUAUUUUAUGUCCACGCACACAAGCUUCGACUCCACUCCAUUGUUUUAAGGUUGUUGUUUAUGCUCACUGGAGUGUAAUGCAGAAGAGAUCCGAUUACCUGCUGAGCAUCUAUAUUUUGAAAUUCAUUUUUAGCUAAGUGGAAAGACAAACGAUACUGAGGGCAAACUAUCAAAGGUGACAGUGAUAAUUCCACCGAUGAAGCAAACACCAUCACCCAACAACGCGACGUCUAAUAGAGGUACCGUGUUCUUUAAACUUUUUUUACAGUUGUUGACCUUUAAAGUGGGCUAAGGCAACAAAGGAAAUAGGAGACGUCUGCACGCAGGCAAAUAAUAAUAAUAAUAAAAUAUUUAUAUAGCGCUUAUACUUUUCAGUGCUAAGCGCUUUACAAUAGUUCAAAAGGUCUGAAUAAAAAAUAAAAAUCUUAAAAUCAUUACACACACACAUAUAUACCGUUGUGUAAAAAAACGGUACCGUAAGAAAGCUGUUUUUUUGCAAUGAUAUAUAUUUGUAAAAGGACAGCUUUUUUGUAUAUAUUUUUUGUGUAUUUGUAUAUAUUUUGUAAAAAAACGGUCAUACUCUAAAUGUUGCUGGGAAUUCAGCUUGUAUUCAUAGUAAAGUUCUCCAGCCUUUACAAGUGUUUGAUCUGGCUUUUUUCUCGAUCUCUUAAAUGAAACACGCAUUGGCGUACGUCACAGACCGCCUUUAUAGUCCCUAAUUCUUAUAAACAAAUCGGCUGCUGCUUUUAUGGCCUUACAAGUUGCUCUGUGCAUUGCAAAAAUUAGACUAACAAGCGAGUGUAUGUACGCUUGUAGCUAUAGGCUAGCGUUUCCUUUUGCUUGAUUAACCGACUUAACAUGUUCCUACAUCAUGUUGAAAGCUUAAAGUUGUAACGCAGACAUGACACUCUUGCAUGCAUCGACAUGGAUUUCAACAUACCAUGAAUCCCGUGAUAGAAGUUUAGCGCAUCAUACAUAAUACAGGAAAUUGCCUAACAAUUGCUGUCGUUGAUUCUUGCUGAAGAUUUUAUGCUAGAAAUAGAGUUAUAAUUUAUUUGUCCACUGCUAAGAGCAUCAAAGCAUUAUGGCCAAGUAUUUUGUUGACAGUUAAACCGAUUAUUGCAGUUGAUAACCUUGGGAAAAUAGAUAAAUAAUACAGAACAAUAUUCUGUACAGUUUUCGGCUUGAACAAAAGUAGCAAUGAAGGAGAGAACAGGGGCACCCAACGGCAAUUUUCGGGAAAAUAUCUGUUCGGAAGACGAUUUGAGAUCUAGAAUUUUCGGAGCAUUUGUUGUAAAAUUUCUUGCUUGCCUGCCUUUCCUAGGAUUUUCGAACAUCUACAAAAUGGUAUAAUUACCCAUUUUUAACGGAUUUUGACCCUAAAAAAGGCCACCUAGAAUUUUCGGGAACCUUUUCCUGGCUGAAAUUUUCGAGAAGGUAAGUUUUUAUCCCUAUAAUUUUCGGAUCACUUGACUUUCAGCUAGGAAAUCCGAACAGAUGAAAAGUUUUUAGGGUAUAAAAAUAUGCCUAUAUCUACCGUUUGAAUACUAAAAUACGUUCAACAAUGCUAUGUUAAGUGGUUUUGAACUAUAUCCUCGUUGGGUGCCCCUGAGAGAAUAGAAGGCUUUGGUUGCUGCAACAGAUUGUGACAGGCAUUGCUUAUAUAUACUGCAUGCCCUGCGUGACCUCGGCCGAUAAGCAUAACAAAUGAAAUUACUGCCCGUUCCUUCUUCGCAUCCAACAAUUAGAAGGUCCUGGAAAAUUGAAUGACAAAGGAAACAAGAAGAAAGAAUAAAAAGAACGCUGUCAGCGAGUUAACAAGGGAAUUUAAAAGCCCCACAAUAAAGGGGACUCGGGAACGUGAACGUGACUAGCCGGAUAUCUUAAAAUGUACGGUUGGAGAAGCGCAGGAAAACUACAGUUCAAUAAAGUUCGAACCAUGCUAUAGAAAACAGCCUGUCUUCGAUAAAUGGGUUUGUCAAAUGGUGUUUAUGUAUAAAAUAGCAGUAUUUUUACAUCAAAAGGCAGCUUUCUUACAAAAAUAUCUUUUGUAAAAAAAACAGAUUUUUUACAUAAAGAAGCAGCUUUUUGACAAAAAUAUAUUUUGUAAAAAAGCAGCUUUUUUACGUAAAAAAGCAGUAUUUUUACAACCGGUUAAUUUGUAAAAAAGCUACUUUUUUAUAAAAAUAUAUUUUUGUAAAAGAGCAGUAUUUUUACAACCGGUUAACUUGUAAAAAAGCUGCUUUUUUACAAAAAUAUAUUUUUGUAAAAAAGCAGUAUUUUUACAACCAGGUAACUUGUAAAAAAGCAGCUUUUUUACAACAUAAGAAUGACGCUUUUUUACAAGGACCGUUUUUUUAUGCAACAACUGUUAUAUAUAUACAUAGUCACAAAAAUACAAAAUAAAAAACCUAAGAUAGUUCAUUAACUCGUUUAAAAAGAUAGGUCUUCAAUUUAGAUUUAAACUUAUUUACAUUAUCGAUCGAUCUAAUGUCAAUAGGCAAAUCGUUCCAGAGUAUAGGGGCAAUGACUGAAAAAUCCCUGAAACCGUAUGUCUUUAAGUUAUAGGGUUUAAUAACAAUACGCCACUUGUCUGAAGAUGAUCGAAGGUACCUCGCAGGUUCAUAAACAUGGAUUAGGUCAACCAAAUAAUCAGGAGCUAAAUUGUCGAGUAUCUUAAAACAAAUAAGAUUAAUCUUAAAGAUUAUUCUUUGCUCCACUGGUAGCCAGUGCAACUCCAUUAGAGUAUCACUUAUGUGAUCAAACGUUCUUAAGCAGGCAAUCACACGCGCUGCAGCGUUUUGGACACUUUGCAGUUUGUUAAUUUCAUACUUUGGAAGACCAUGUAAAAGCGAGUUGCAGAAAUCCAGCUUUGAAUUUAUGAAUGCGUGCACAAGAACUUCAGCCGUAAUGACAUUGAUAUACUUACGAAUCUUAGCUAUAUUUCCAAGGUGGUAGAAUGCCACUUUAACUGUGUUGUUAAUAUGAACAGACAUCGUUACGGUGUUAUCGAAAAUGACGCCGAUAUUACGCGCCUUAUUUGUAGGCUUGAUGAUAUCAGUUCCUAUUUUAAUAGAAGGUAGCCGUGGGGGCAGUCUGAACCUAGAAUAGAGAAAGAGAAGUUCCGUUUUGUCAGUAUUUAGUUUCAAUUUGUUAGUAGUCAUCCAGUUGGUGAUAUCGACAAGACAGCUUUCAAUCCGGGAAAUUGUAGUGUAAGAUCAUCCUUAUCAUCGUAACUGAAGGUGGUGUACAGUUGAGUAUUAUCAGCAUAUAGAUGGAAGUCCAUGUCAUGCCAUCGUAUUAGGUCACCUAGUGGGGCCGUGUACAACAGAUACAGCAGCGGACCCAACACAGACCCCUAGGGUACACCAAAUCUGAGCGGACGAAAUGAAGAGGUAAAUCCAUCAAUCUGAACUGACUGGGAACGAUCCGUAAGAUAAGACUGAAGCCACGAAAGCGCUUUUCCUUUUAUACCAAAACUGGAUCGCAGUCUUUGUAACAAUAUCUUAUGAUCGACGGCGUCGAAGGCUGCUGAUAGGUCUAGCAGCAAGAGAACGACGAAUUGUUUAUCAUCAAUUGAUUUCAGUAUAUCAUUUUGAACACGUAGAAGCGCUGUCUCACAACUGUGGUGUUUCUUAUAAGCAGACUGGAGACUGUUAUCACACAAAUAAUUCGUCAGACGCAUGGCUGCAACUUUUUCAAUAACUUUACGUAAAAGAGAAGCAGGUACAGGAUCAAGAGAACACGAUUUGGCGGCGAUUCUUUUCACGAGACCAGAAAGUUCAUCCUCUGAGGUGGGAGAAAAUUCGCUUAAUUCACAUGUAAUUACGGUGUCAUCAAUCAAUGGAAAAGCAGGAGCAUCAGUAAUAGAUAACGUAUCCAGUUGAUGCCUGAUUGUCACAAUUGUGUCGCAGAAAAAGUCAGCGAAAGUCAGCUAUACUUCGUACCGGAGAUAAUUUGAAUUCUAAGCUAAAUGAAAUAACAAGAAAGCAAUAUUCAUCAUGGAGAAUGUGGCCUGCUCCAUGUACAAAAGCCAGAGAGUAAAGAAAGUUAGUUACAAAAGGUGAAACAAUCAAUCAUAAAUUGAUACUUAACUUAAAGCACGGGCCGAUCUGGCGAGGUAAGGGCUGACAACGCACAUCUGUGCCACGCUUAAAGUGAUGCCUUAAAUCCGACUGCACAUUAGGAAUACCGGUAGGCUAAGAAGUACGGCGAUCGGGAUAAGAAUACGGUAAGGCUGAUAUUUCUGAUACGGCCUCUGCAAACGCUUCUUCUUCGCCUCUUAAAUUUUCUUCUUUGCUAUCUUCUCCGAGCGAAACAGCCUCUUCUCGUCAUCGAGUCAGAAGCCAACCCGUCCGAAAGACAUCCUGCACAGUCGCCCAACUGUAUUGACUUUUAUCUGCGAUCUUUAUAAGCUUCAUUCUUUUAGAGACUAAUGCAAUACCUUCUUCGAUGGCUGUGAUCUUUGCCUUGGAAAUGGCGUUGACGCUUAGGGCAUCCGUCGCACCUUCGACCUUUUCCAAAACCGAUUCAGCGUGCUCGAACUGCUUCUCAUUGCCUUUACUUUUAAAAACGUAACGAUCGCGCCUAGCACGUUUAAGGUAACUCGACCCAGUUUUUUUGGGGGGGUACCAUCCUACUUUGAAGCUCUCUGGUAUCCCCACCUUUACUUUUAUCGUAAGUCUAACACAUAGAAUCGAUAACAUAUAGAUCAAUCUACAAUAUAACAUAAAAUUUUUGGCGAUCGGAGUAAAUGUCACGUGGUUAUAAUGCCACGCCCAUUUGAGGUCUGAGUCGAAAAUCUGCUGUUGCCGGCAUUUUUUCGUGAAAAUCUCUCGGCUACACAUAGUGCGCAUUAGUGCCUUGCGCUGAACAGAGUUUCACCAAAAUCGCAAAGACCCAAUUCGAGAAAUUCAGCGGUUUCCAAAUUUAGGUCAUAAUUUAUGCGAAAAUGAUAAGCAAACUUUAUACGGAUUAUAUCUAAUAAACUAUGAGAUUCAUCUCUUUAUUUUGGGCAUCGUUAUAACAGAUGGGUCCUUGCAAGUCAGCAAAACGCUUUAGGGCCUUGUAAAUGCGCGCGAUUUCGAGCGAAGUAAACAUAUAGAAAUUAUAGUUUUCGCUAUUUGUUGACGUUUGUCAGCGUUUAAGAGUCCUUCUCACGAAAAAAGCAUUUUCUUAAAAAUUCGUAGUUUUUUUUCCUUCAAAUUUUUUUAGGGCCACAGUUGAUUAACUAACUACCCGGACUCCGAAUUUCAUGGUCAUUGAAAAACUGUGACAUUAUCUUCUAUAAGCCCAAACUUGAGUAAACAUUGAAGAUUUUUAGCGUUUUGGCUGAGUUUGUGCUUUGGGAGUUGUCUAUUGUUUCUAGUCUGUCAUUAUACGGCAUUCUUGUUCAGCACGCGUGCAAUGACCGCGCUUGGCCGACUUCCGAAUGCGAAUAUAUCUGACUCGAACCCGAAGCCAUGGAAUCGGCUACCUCCUUUUGAACCAGAGACUGGAAAUCAUCAUUAGAACUGCGUCUUGGAAAAUCAGGCAUCUUGUGCUAUUAAUCAAAAAUUGUCUGCCUGAUUCACGUACUGGGGCGAAAGUGACUCACAGAAUACAUUAACUACAAUAUAUACCCUCCAUGAAACAAUGCAUAAUUCCUCAUCACCAAAGUAGGUGUAAUUGCCCAUGAAUUAACGCGUAGAAAGUCAUUAUCUCCUAUACUUCGUACCGGAGAUAAUUUGCAUAUUUUAGUAAAUUUAGUUUUGUUCUUGCUUAGUCGAUAGGCCUCAUUAUUCCGCCCGGUCAAUGCGUUCGGGUCACGUGGUCCGAGCGAGGCAGGGAGGCCUAGUAGACAAAAACUCCUUAGAAGUGAGACAAAAGUGAGACAUUCUGUGCGGUGGUUUUCAAGACCAAAGCUUCGCAUUUCAAGGUUAAAAAGUCUAUCGUCAAAAGACAGAUUGGAAAGGAAAGUUCAAACGAAUGUUCAGUUUUCUUUUAGUUGGGAAAGGAAGGCUUUUCUUUACAAAAUUGUCCUUCGAGGAAUUCGAGGUUUUCUUCACGCAGGGGCACCCAACGGCAAAUUUCGGGAAAAUAUCUGUUCGGAAGACGAUUUGAGAUCUAGAAUUUUCGGAGCAUUUGUUGUAAAAUUUCUUGCUUGCCUGCCUCCCCUAGGAUUUUCGAACAUCUACAAAAUGGUAUAAUUACCCAUUUUUAACGGAUUUUGACCCUAAAAAAGGCCACCUAGAAUUUUCGGGAGCCUUUUCCUGGCUGAAAUUUUCGAGAAGGUAAGUUUCUAUCCCUAUAAUUUUCGGAUCACUUGACUUUCAGCUAGGAAAUCCGAACAGAUGAAAAGUUUUUAGGGGAUAAAAAUAUGCCUAUAUCUACCGUUUGAAUACUAAAAUACGUUCAACAAUGCUAUGUUAAGUGGUUUUGAACUAUAUCCUCGUUGGGAGCCCCUGUUCACGGAGGAGCGCUUGACCUAUUUUGAAAGGCAAUCAAGCAGAUAAAUUUUUGAAGAAGUUUCAGGGACAUUUUGUACACUGUACUCAAGAAAAUUGCGUUUUUAAAGGGAAAUUUAUGUAUUUGUGAAUAUUUGAUAGACAUUUUUUAUACAUUUUGAGACUUGUGUUGAAUUUUGCCAUGUGCUCAACCUAUUUUUGUUUACGUGAACGGAUCUACGGGCCAGGUAGUGUUACGCGAAUUACUUUUAAGGAUUAAUUCACCUUCUGAGCGUCCUAUUUCACUUGUAGUCUCACGUGACUUUUGAUUAACUUUGUCGUAAACAAACCCCAAAAAUUCGGACAUCCGUUCUCUGUCACAUACUGUACUUGUACGAACUACGAGUCGCUAUUUCAAGUUCGCGUUAAUUACCCGGCCUUCCCUUCAGGAAGAGACGGGUAUAGUUCUGGCCUGGGUUUUUUAUUCGUUGACGUUCCGCCGUUUGCUCUUUGAAGCAAUGCGUGAACUGGCGAAAUAUCACGUGGUCAAUUUUUGACAAAUUCAUUGGCUUAGAGCCAAAAUCCGCUUGAUAUGUUGUCGAGAUAAAACAAGAAAAGGCAGUUUUUUGUCAGUCGGUAGGGUUAACGGUGUUGGUUUGUGGUCUCUAUGACAGAUCAACAAUUAUUUUGGUCGAAAUAUUUAGUGAUAUGAGUUGUUUAGAGGAUAUUGCAUCCUGGAACUGUCAGACAAACACAGUGGCUCGAUCCGUUUAAUGGAGACCGGCGUUGGGAUCGCUGGUCGCGAGAGGAAGACAUGCUAAAAAACAGUAAAAAGGUGGGUAAUUUUCGCUUUUUAUGUUUAGUGCAAGUCACGAGAAUUUAUAUAAUAUUUAUAUAUUGGGCUUUGUUUUGGUGGUUACGCGUGCACCGAGUUGCACGAAAGCAGCAGUUUUGUAAAACGUAUGGACCCUUUUUGUGCUGAAUUUCGAUGAAUUGUACAACUUGACUGUUCGAUCUGAAUGAACACGUCCAUAUACGUCACGUCACUGUAAAUACCUUAGAAAUUUUAUGCUUUAUAGUUUUUAUCGCAAAACAGUAAGACAAAUGCUUUGAUUUAGCAAUAUAGCAAAGUUUGCACCUAGUUGCAGGAAUGUGGCAGUUAAUUACCGUUUCGGCGCCUUUUCAUUUAUUAAAACAAACAAAUCUAACUGUUCAUCGCAGACGUCUGUGCUUGGUCCCAGUCUCGUGCUUCCCAGCUGUCUCGGUAUAAAAACAGAAACUUACUAUCGAAACUUGUAUCGAGCUUGCACAGAAGCGGCAGUUUAUUGUUAAAAUUCGACGAUUGUGAUCGAUCAAACAACAUUUCAUUGUUAAAUUAAAUCAAAGAUUACAUGUAAACUUAUAGUUCUUAAAAAAAUGAACACUUAAUGGUUACUAUCGAAUUUCGAUCUUGCAAAACUCCGUUUUGAUCGAUCCAUCAUUAUUAGAAAUUUCAAAAUUAUCUAUGUUAGAAAUUUUUCUCUUUGCUGUGUUUAGCUACUGUUCACUUAUACUUGCAAUUAAAAGGAUCGACAAAUCGGAUAUAAUAUUCUGUAUUUAAAUUGGUUUCGGUACACAGAAUAGAUUUGGGUUUUCUAUCGUUACUUCUUUGCUUGUUGUUGAAUCAAUGACAAAAGCAAUGAAAUAUUGACAUAUGCUUUAUCUAUUUACUCUUCUUUUUUUUUUCAGAGAAGAUGAACUUGCAUCAGAGUGACAGUAAAAUCGAAACAAAGAUGAUCUUACCCAUGGGAAGAUCUGGGUUUUUUCGGGCCUGUUUACAUGGAGGUGGGGGACCCCAGGUAGGUGGGGUAACAUGUGGUGGGUCACCCCGCCUAACGUGUAAACGUGAUCACAUUAAAAUGAGAGAUUAUACGGACAGGCGGGUUACCUCACCUACCUUGGGUCCCCCACCUCCAUGUAAACAGGCCCUUACUCGAUCCUUUAUAGAGAUUAUCAUGUACAAUGAUCACUUCAGCAACCAAAGUAUCCUAUAUGAUAAUAUUAUUAUUCAACCAAGCUGUUCUCUUCCUCUUCUUAUAGGGUUUUAUUUCAAAGUUUUUGCCCUCAAAAUAUUAGUUUACUACGUAACCUGAGAUUGUGGCUGAAGCUCAUGCCUAAUAUAAAGAAAGAGAAAACUAGCUACAAAACUAUUUGACGCAUUACAUUGUUAUGCAGUCAUGGUCGAGUACACCCCUUUGGAACGUUUGAGUCUUUCCAGUCUGAUUUGCCAGCCGGUAGUAUUUUUUUUUUCAUUUAUUCAUCAUCAAACUUCAUACGGGCUGUAGUGCCAUUAAUACAUAAUGCACAUUUUUCCCCUGUAUCAUUGUAUGCCCUAAAAGAAGGCCGGGUUCAUGCGCUCGUACGUCUUGUUUAUAAAUUUUAUUUUCCUUUAGCUGUUUGAAACUUGAAAAGUUUAAGAUUCAAAAAUAUCUAAGUAGAAGAAAAAGAGCAUGACAGAACGGCAGGAACGAGGAGUGCUUGUAGUGGAGAUUACCGCCUCAACAGCUGAAAUGGUUUUAAAGUUGGAACUUCGAAAGAGAUAAAACCGGUGAUGUAGGCAAAUUUCAUGAUACACAUACAUAAUUCACAUUUCAAAAUUCAUGAUCACGCACUAUUAAUUUCCAGUUUUCUAAUUUUCUUUAUAAAGACCGCUAUUGGUUGUUUGACAUUAUAUUUUCAAUUGUACAUUACGGCAAACAGGGACUGGACACUUUUGAUGACGGUUAUGUUGAAUAUUUACUAACUGCUAAGUUGAAUCAAGAGGCUGUUCACACAUAUGUUGCAAAAAAGUGUAGGCUUCUCUGAACAUGUGCUUGGUUUGUAUUUAAUCGCGUAGAGACAAACGGAGGCAGUCUACAGGGAAGAGCCGCCCAGUGGAUCUGUUAAUAAAUCAUUAUUAUUAUAAUAUAUUAUUGUUAUUAUUACUUCAGGCAAGAUAAGCAUAAACUUACUUACAUUUAACCGUAUAAUAGCCGGUCGGGACGAAAAUGUAAGCACACUGCAGUGUCAUGAAUUAUAAGUGUGUUUGGAUCCACCAGGCAAAACCAUUCUUUCAACUGCACAGGGGGUUUCCAUGCCACGCACUUAUUGAAACUCCAUGUUGCGAGGAAUAUUUUUUCUGUUUUACCUUACUCGAGGCGGUUAAAGUCACUCCUGGUCUUCUGCUUUGACAUUUUGAACCCUAACUAUUCGAUUUUCAAACCGCGAAAGGGAAGGAAAAUAAAUACGUUAACGGGAACUUGAAAUAGCGACUCGUAGUUCGUACCAGUACAGUAUAUGGGAGAGAACGAUGUCCGAACUUUCAGGGUUUGUUUACAACAAAGGUCAUGAAAACUCACGUGAAACUACACGUGAAAUCUGACGCUCAGAAGGUGAAUUAAAAUAUUCCGAUAAAUAAUUUCUCUGUCUGUUGUUGUGUGUUCUUUCAUUGAUAACAUCAUCUCAAAAGACGAGCCUGAGACUACAUCCCAAGUUAUUUUUAAAUGCUUCUCACGUUACACGCAUCACUUCUGCGAAGAUAUCGGCUAUUUUUUUUAGGUUCAGUUUUUGGGCACUUUUCGAUACGCAGCUAAUAAAGAUUGUAGAAUUAUCCUCCUACAUUGAUUUUGAGAAGCUUACAACUGACUGUCCUUUAAACGCCAGUGGUGAUGGUUACAAUACAAAGACUUUUCUGCAGUUCGACAGACGUUACAACUUCCCUUUUAUUUCUUGCUAUUUUUGGAUUUUUCUUGUUCUUAUCGACUUUCUCGAUUGUCAAAUAGAUGUGCAGCUCAUAGUUUGAAUAGGAUUAUCCCAUUGUAGCUUACAUGUCUUCCGUCUCUUCGAAUGGCUUGGGCUCGUCGGUUAUCAUACCAAUUACGUCGCUUCCUGUAUUGUUACUUUCUCAUCAGGUGAUGUGCAAUCGCCCCCAGCAGACAAUACUACAAAAAUAUUAAUUUCUGUCCUUGGUAGUUUUUUUGGCGUUGUUAUUUGUACUCUUCUGGUGGUUUACAGAAUAUUUUUCCAGCAAGGUAAGAACGUUUUGCUAUUUUGUGCUUUAUGUGUGUUGUAAAUUUUAUCAACCCGGAGAAUGCUCCCUCAUAAAAUUCGAGUUGUGUACACCCAGGAGCGUCUUAGGAAUAGGGAGAAGAGAGACAUGCAAAUAUGGCAGACCUCUCGGCCGGCCCGGGUCUAGUUGUGAGUUUGCGAGGAUAGUGAGGCCCCAAGAGUUUUGUUUUGACUGCGCGUCUUAGCGAUUGAGUCGAUCGAUAUGGUUUACUUCGAGUUGUUGCGUGCCUGAGUGCCACCAAAAAGGAGAUUUUACCCUAGCUGGAGCUACCUUUACUUUCCCGAGCUCUUUUCAUAAAGAACGUUGAGGGUUGGUGCGUUUCGGCGCGGAGAUGGAAAGCACUUAACGGCGAAAACGCAAGUGACCUUUCUUCACUUGCUUUUGAAAAGAGGACUCACGGAAGUAUGUGAAUGAAAUAAUUUUCGUAAUAGAUGGUACUGUUCCAUAAUGUUUGCAUGGUCUGUUAUUUAUCCAACAAAAGGUUAACAUUCUCGUAAACAGGGUCAUCCGUUGUCGAUUUUAAGAUCUUUUAGAUUUCACGCUAGAAACAGCUGCAUUAAAAUAUAACAAUAGUGACGAGUGUGAAUAAAACACAACAAUAACAAUCGCCUGUUAAUCCUACAAGCGUAGCCUGUGAGACCAUGUAAGAGCCAGAAGAAAGCGACAUGUUUGAAGAACAUUCCUUUGAUCGAAGUGCACUGAAAAAACUGACAGAGAAACUUCCGCAAACUAAGAAAGUACGAGGAGGGAGAAAGGUUCUGGCGGGGAAAGAGCGUGCCAGUAUUAGAGCAUUGUAUUUGCCCUUGCGCGUGAUCAAUUUGUCCAUGGGGUUCGAUAUAAACUAACAACGGUUUUCCAAAAUUGCUACUUUUAUGGCACUGCUCAAAUUUUUUUACACAGGAUCGUGAAGACUGGAAAAAUAUUCGGUCUAUCAGGAGCCCAUCUAUACGUUUCGUUGUAAAUAUUUCAUGCAUAGAAGUGUCCUUGAGAGCUCCUAAGAAUUGUUAAAGUCGCUACGGCGGAUUCACUCGUUCUUGAGAAUGUUUACCUUUCCUUGGUAUGGGAAAGGUCAAAGCGAACUUGAAACAGAACCAUCUAGCAGGUAUUAUCCCACUUAAAUGUUUUCGUGAGUCUUCUCUUCUGAAGUGAAGCGACCACACUUUCGUUCUUUAGACGCCUUGAUAGUAAAGUGCUUCCAUUCGCCGCGCCGAAUCACUUGAAUCCAUUUCUUUCUUCGAAAAGAACCUUUGCAAAGGGAAGAUAAUCAACUUUAUUUUCUGGUGUAGUUAAGUCUCCUCUUUGAUGACUCUUGAGCACGUAACUACUCGAAGCAAACCAUAUCGAUUGACUCAAUCGCUAAGACACGCAGUCAAAACAAAACUCUUGAGGUCUCACUAGCCUCGCUUUCGCGCAACUAGACCCGGGCCGGCCGAAAAGUCCGCCAUAUUUGCAUUCGGUGUAUCAGAGGAUGUCAGCACAUAACAGCCAUAACAGCACAUGACACAACUGCAAUUUAGGCCUAGGGGAAUGGCAUGGCUACCAUAUUACAGGCUUCUCGAGAGACACAGAAUAACUUAACUUGAAAAGGAAUAUACCCUUGUAGCUGGACAAUUACUAUGACAAUGUGAAUAUAAUUGCUAGUGUAGCAAUUGUUAUUGUUUUUUUGCUUUAUUAUUAGUGUUUUGAAUAAUUAGACCUCCCAUACGCCAUGGCCUACACCACGUCCUUUGCCAUGUUCUACCCCAUGUUCACCCCAGAAGUUUGAUUCUUUCCCACAUUCCUUUAAACAAAGCACCAAGUCGAGACUUGAGGUGAUUAAAUACAGUGGUUUGUAUGAAAUUGUCCCUUAUAGCAUCGGCCUCAUUUCACUGUGUUUGCUGACUAGAGUGGAAUGCGGGAAAGGUGUAUACAUAAUGAUUUCAUCUUUCAAAGAAUUGUAGAGUAAAGAAAAAUGGUUGGCCUCAAGUCAAACCAUAUUUGGUUUUUAUGCACUGUGCUACGCAUACAAAUUCUCCGUCACUUCUCCCUAGAGAGAAGAUAUUCCUCUCGUCUGUGUGUUUCGCUAGCUUCACUUUCUCUCACAAUUAUAACAGACUACUCGGAACUACUCGUAGUGAAGGUCUGAAAUUACGUGAAAUUGGGUUAAUUAACUGAGUUGAUAAUUAAUGGUCAAUUUGCUCCGUAAACAGAUUCCGUACUUGAAUCUAUUCGCUGUAGCACACUCCUGACGUUAUCAAUUCAGUUGGUAAAAUCAAAUUCUUCCUUUACACCUCCACCUGACACAGCACUACGGUUUCUUUUGGAACCAACCUUUUAGUCAGGAAUCAGUUGUUUGUUUUACUUUGGUUCUGUUGUAGUGCGUAUAACACUGCCAUAUCCUCCAAAACCGUCAACAUCAAGACCCAGUUCUGAUCAACCUUUACUUGGUAAUGAUUCAGGUAGGCAACUUUAUGCUUUGCUAAAGCUGUAAUAGUGCUUUUGUUCAUUAUACACAGUAUUAUGCACUCGUGCCUCCUUCAAUGUUCUUUUUUUUUUUUUUAAUUUUAUUUCAUUUGCUUUUCCAAAGUACAACAAUUACAACAAGUACAAUUAUUAUCACAAAGCAUACAUGCACACACCUAAGCACACGUGCAAUUCCACAAUUACCACACAAGGUAAUGCCCAUUGUUAUUUUACAAGUGCUAUUCAAAAAAAAAAAAAGAAACUAAUCAUUUUUACAAAAGAAGAAAAACUACCUAGAUUACAAAGUCCAUUUGUCCAUUAAUUUUUGUAAAUUCCUAUUCUUAGUGAAAAUAUAUUUUUCUAUUUCAUAUUUACCGUUUAUUCUAACUAUAAAACUGUUUAUGGUUGGGAGUAGUUCAUUCCUUCUGCAACUCCAUAAAUAUAUUUUCCCUAUAAGUAUAAGAUAAUUAAGCAAGGGGCAUUCAGAAGAUAAAAAGCCGAUCCAAAUUUCCUUUAAUGUUAGGUGAACUAGUUGUUUUCGCAACCCAAAAUAAUAUGAUUCAAUACAUUUCCAGAAUGAAUUUGCAUAAGGGCAGUCCCAAAAGAAAUGUCUAAUAGUUUCUGAUUCCCUUUUGCAAAAAUAACACAAGUUGUCUGUCCUGUACCCAAUCUUGAACAACUUUGAGUUGGUAAAAAGUAUAGAAUUAAGUAUUUUAAAUUGAAAGGCUUUGACAUAAGGUUCAAACGCGAUAGAAUGGGGCAAGAGAAAUGCCUUUGUGAGAUCGUCAUUAGAUACAUUAAAAUCCAACUUCAGUUUUUGUGCAUAAUUUGGGAGACAAGCCUUUUUUUUUAUCAAAAAAGGAUAAUAAUCUUUUGAUUUCUUUUUUGCUAUGUCGAAAACGCCGCCAUUGAUUUUAAAGGAAGGUAUUGCAUUAAAGGUACUCGAAUCCGAGCGAUUAAGAACUCUUAAGUUGGUUGGUAUUGAAUGUCUCAUACUAGUCCAUUCAAGGAAGUUUGUCUUUUUAACAUUUUUUGCAAUCUGUUCGUAGGAUUCCGUAUUGCUGAGAUCAAAAUGUAGGUCUCCUAUUUCCCAGAUACCAAUGUCGUAAUACUUCUUGUAGAAAAAGGGCUUGUCGUCUAUUCUAAAGUCUCGAUUAUUCCAAAUUACAUAAUGCCAAUCGUUAUUAAGAGCAUUACUUGUAAAAGGUUGUCUGUCUCCACUCAGCCUUGUGUAAUAAUCAAGAUGAAUAAACAUUUUACAGUAAGUGUGGCGUAACUUCUUUUUAAUUUUAUAUGUUGCAGGUAAGAAGCGUGUCUUAAUUUUACACACCAGAUGUUGUGAGAAGUGUAACCAUGUAUUACAUUGCUUAGGCACCGUUCUAAGUUCGACAGAGUUAAUUGAGCCAAGUAUCGACAUGUGGAACACGCUAGAUAUCUCACCUAACGUACCUCGUUGGUACGAAGAGCAGGUCAAGACAUCUGAUUGUGUUAUAGUCCUUGGAUCUCGCAAAAUGUCUCUCAGAUGUCAGAACUUGCUGGAGGAAGGGGAUGACCGUAAGUAAACUAACAGAUAAUCCAAGCUUAUCAGCCCCCUACUAUAAAUAUGUGUUUCAGAACAUAUCGCGUGAGAAUUAUUGAUGGUUAUAAAAAUUGAGUUGUGUCUAAUUAGGUCUGUGACCACACGCUCAGUUAAACAACUUACGCUGUUGUCCGAUUUGUUUCAUCACUGCUAUGGUUACACUCAAAGGAACACAGUACACGUAGUCUUCUGCUAAGUAAUAAUAACUAAAGUAAAAUCUGAGAUUAGAAAAAAAAUGAUAGCAUUAACGUAAGAAGUAGGGAACUAAAUGACCUUGCCUACUACAAGUGUCCAAUGACAGCGCGCAUCAUGACGUGCAUUGUCCAAUUACACAGUCCUAUUAAGGAUGAAAUUAAGGUUGCUAGCAGCCAAUCAGAUUGGAGAAGUUUGUUAAAGUUAUGGUCAGUCCCCUGUCCUUUGUAUCAUAUAGCAUCAUUUUACUUUGUGUCUAAAGUAAAUCGCUUACAAGUUGUUAUACGUUUUUGUAUUGUAUGCCCCGCAAGUAGCUAUUAUGCUAAUGUCGGCGGGACCAAAAUAUUAGACAAAGGCGAUAUCAAACACAUAUUACAAGGAGAAAAGAAGCACAAUAACAAGCAGAAAGAAACAGUUAAAUAUCAAGAAAAGUGAUUCGUUAUUUGAACUAGACUAAAAUUGCAACCACAGGUAUAUACAACAAAUUAUCAGGUCUACUUCUGUUCGCUACAGUUAAAUAUCAAGUACACUGAUUUGUUAUUUGAACUAGACUGGAAUUACAAGCAGAGGUAUAUACAACAAAUUAUCGGGUUUACUUCUGUCAUAAAACAUCCUAACAAAUAAGUAACAUUAAUAUAACUACCUUCAUGAUCUAGAACGUUGAGGAGUACUGAUUUUAUUUUUUCACGAAAAUUAGAUUCUUUGAGAGUUUUAAAAGAAAGUGAACUAGAAUUCCAAAUAGACACACCAAUUCUAGUGAAGGCGUUUUUCAUUUUUUCAGUUCAGAAUUUGGAGAAUUCUCAGUGGAGAAUUUGACAGAAAAACAGUUGUAGAAGGCACAAGUGUAAUAACCAACCCUUUCAAAUUCCAAUUCGAUCUGGAACGCACGGACACGUUUCAGCGAGUUCUUAUGAACUCCUUAGUGAUCCGUGGGUAAACAAAUUACAAUUUACAAUUUUUACAACUGGACCCAAGGGUAAUAAAGGUCCCAUAUGUAACAACAUUUUGGGCCAAGCGUUAUAAAGGUCCCAUCCGCAAUAACAUUUUGAAUCCAAGCGUAAUAAGGGUGUUAUCUGUAAUAAGUGUAAGACCGUAUUGUUAUAAUUAACAAUAUUGGAUUCGGCUUUCGUAUCAUCUGGAGAAUUAUGGAGAUCGAGGAGGGUGAUAACACCCACCGAGAUCUUCCUAAUUCUUCAGAUGAUACGAAAGCCGAAUUCAAUAAGUGUUUUACUGUUCAUUCAAAAUAAUUCCUAGUUUAAAAACAAGCUAAAAAAUGCUCACCUCCAUCGAUGUUAAGUUCAUCUUCGAUGUUGCAUGUUAAUCGGCAAGUAGGAGAUAAAAGGUUGUUCAGCUCCGCAAAUAUUCUCCAAAAAGCAGAUGUACCGUCGUCCGUCGAUUUGUCUUCUUGCUGUUCUUGCUGUGUUUGUAGCAAUUAGUUCGCCUAUUUCUUCCCCAUAAAACGAGUGAAAUGUUCCGCCAUUUCUGUACUCACGACCAAAACAACUCAACCUCUUCCCAGGUCUUCUCGGUUAACGGUUCAAUAACCUGGCAAUUUUGCUGCACCAUUGACGUCAUCAGUUCACAUAUCGCAAAAUUCUUCCAAAUUUGGUCGAAAAUAGCUAGUUACAAUGAAUUAUGCGUGGGAUUUUAGCCAGUCAGAAACGGAGAAAUAUUUUGAAUGAAUAAUAAUUAAUUUUAUACUCAAACUGGUAAUUUGCCAACAACAAAUUAUGAUGAACAAAAGAUAAAUACUGGAAAGUCACGUGGCAUGCGGGAAUCAUCACCCGCCAUUUAAUUUUGUUGUCAUGGGCUCUACGUCACUGUCAAGGUACACAUACACACAUAACAGUGUGGCUAGAAAAGUAUUAGGUAAACACCAAAGGCCAUUGACAAAUAAGGCCGUUGCUAAAAGGAAUAACACACAAACUGCGGUUACAAACGUCAGAAAUAACAAACGCAUUGUAUAACUGACUUUUAUAAUAUCCAACUUUACGUUUCGUAUGCUUCAACAUAAAUCUUCAGAAGUGACCGUUAACAUGAGUAGUAACUAAAUUUAAAUUUAAAAAACAAAGGUAAGAUAAGUAACUAAUUAACGUGAAGGAAGAAGCAAAUAAAUGUGACAGAUGAGAAAAUUUGCAUGAAAUUAUGCAAACUAGUAUAAGUAAAGCUUUUCGCUGGUUUUAAAUCCCUAAUAACGAGAGUCUCCUUGAUUUUACAAUGAGUAUCUGAUUUUCCUCUUGCUGAAAUGUAAAAAUGGUCCCAUUUCAAAUUGUGACCAGUUGAAGUGACGUGUUCUGCUAGAGCUGAUGAAUGACCGUUACAGGUGAUUGCCUUGAAGUGUUCAGUUUUUCGGUCAUGAAAUCUCCGUCUGGUUUUGCCAAAGUAGAUAUCCUGACAGUCCCAACAACUAGCUUUAUAUAGAACUUUGGACAUUGAGAACGGUUGAGCCUACGAAACGUCAAUUUUUCUCUGCCAUAGACGCUGUUUGAAGCUGGUGGAGCUGUAUUUAUCAUUAAUUCAAAUAUACAUUUGCGGAAAAUUAGCUUAAUUGCGUAUUUCAAAGCUAUUUCGCACUAUUUCAAGUUCAACGGGCCGACUCGAUGUAGAUAAUCGAUGGAACUACUGUACAAUUGUAGCUUUACUGAAUUUGGUGGAGAAUUAGAUUAUCAACAGAGGCACUCGAAAGGAAUGAUAUGAAGUUAGGCCCGUUUAAUUAGCAAAAGAAUAGAUGAAAUAUAAUUAUGUGUGAUCUGUGAAUGGAACCUCCUAUUCUGGAGACUAGACCUUGCCUAUUUUAGGGAAAAAAGGUGCCGGUCCCGUGAAAUAGAUGGCGAUCCCGCAACACGGCCCGCAAAACAAAAUUAAUUAAACAACCACGGACACAAAAUAUCAAAACGGUUUACACAAGCAGAUUAUAGCAACACCAAAGCUCACACACAUUCGAUCAAAUAAGAGAUAUACAGCGAUAUUUGCUAGAUUCUUAGCUUUUGCUCGACCUCGCUCGUCCAAAUAUCUGUCGUAGCCGUUGCUAAUUUGCACAAGCGACCCGAGGGUCUUGCCCUUUACUAUGUGACGUCAUACUGGCACGCGGAGUAGGUUAAGACACCUAGGUGGAAAACAAUAGAGUUACCUCCCCCGGUUUAAUCGAAACGAAAGCGAAUGACAUUUAUUUGUUCUGGGGGUAUGAUUUCUUCAAAAGCACGUAUCAUAGCCAGUAAUUACCAAAUCUAAAACCGAGAGCCUUGACAAGAUUCGUUGGUACUUUUUUCCCCUUUCAAGUAGCCUGGUUACUUGAACCGUGACGUCAGUAAUAAGUUAAGGUUUCGAAAAAGACUAUUGGGGACAUGUCUCUUAUUGUCUCUGCUGGGACCAAAGGUCAUUACAGAUGAGACCUUUAUUACGCUUUGGUACAAAUGGUAUUAACAGAUGGGAGCUUACUUACACUUAGGUCCAGUUAUUACACUUGUGCCUUCUACAACAUACCCUUGUAGAUUAUAGCGUAUUAUGAUAAUGUUUUGUACUGAUUUUAGCAAACUUAUCGAGAAGUGUUUUAGGAGCUGACUUAGAUCGGAAAUCGAAUCUCCGACAUCUCUGACUUAUUCGGAGUUAUUCCGCGAGGAAAACCGACAUGACUGGUUCAGAUUGGGGGCUGUUGUAAAUAGUUGAAUCAAACCCGUCUGCGGUGAUUUUGCAGACCGGUUUUACUUGAAAGAAGCAAGAAUUAGUAUGGAAAGCUUUUGAGUGGUUCUGAAUCUUACCUGUUUCGUUUACAUACUCCUACCAGUCUGAGUCGUCCCUUUCGCGGCAGGUUCAGCUCAGUCGGUAGAGCGCUUGAUUGCAGAGAGGGAGGUCGCAGGUUCGAUUGCCCGUACCGGACCAAUACUCAGGGUCUUAAAAUAACUGAGAAAUGAAGGUACUGCCUUUGCCCUGCAAACGCCUAGAGCUUCGCGUGGCUCGGAUGACAACGUAAGGCGCUCCCCCGCCCUCUCCAGUAGGAGACGUUAAAAAUAGUGUCCCAAUAAAUACUUUCGCGCCAAAUACAUUGACAAAUAAAGUGCUUUUUUUUUUCGAAAAUCACAUCAAUCUCACGCAACCAGGCCCUAAGUUAAUCUGUUGGAUUUUACGCGUUGCACUGUUUCUAAUUCUUUGUACAGUUAGGACAAAUUGCUUGGCGCACGAUGAUCGCAAAUUCUACCCUCCUUUCUGUACAGUUAUGUUGUUAUGCGUGUUUCUGCAGGACAACAGUCACAGGAAAAAAUAACGGAUUCCCAUUUUUGGAUAUUUUUGGGUAUUUAAAGAAUACCCACAAAAAUCCCAAAUUUGGAAGAGUGAGACAAGUCCCAAUCUGGGAACUUGGUUUGGAAUUCCCUGGUUGGGACUUGUCUCACUUUGCCAAAUUUGGGAUUUUUAUGGGUAUUCUUUAAAUACCCAAAAAUAAAUUACAUGUAUGUGAGAAAAUGACAGCUGCAUAACAAACAAAUACUCCCGAGUAUUUUAACUCACAGCAGUUUUUUUUAACAGUUUUCCGAAAAGAAAAAAACAUUAGCAAUUCAUUUUAGUCCGCUCACUCCCACGCUAGCGCUUUCGUCCACUCAUGCCUUCUUUUCUGUCAGCAGCGUGUUUGAACAUUCUCUCGCUGUUUUCCGCUCAAAAUUGGUUAAUUUCAUAUUUCAAUCAAUUGGUCAGCCAGUUCAUACCUGAAUCCAUCUAAUCUGUGUGACAUGGCUCCUUAGUUCUUAGGUCCGUCCACUCUCAUUUUCCAGUAACAAUGCUUGUAAAAUACGAAAUUAAUUUACUCUUUCAACUUUCGUACCUGUAGGACUAAACGUCACUAUCAAUUCUUAACAAUAAUUUUAUUUAAUAUAUUUAUAGCCUUGCAAAUCAAAUGCCAGUUGAAUUUUGUGCGAGGAAAUAUCGCCAAGAAUCCUGACACUCAGAAAUUCAUCCCAGCUUUCUUUACCUACAAUGGCAGCAAGAAAGACAUUCCUGAUUUCUUGUCAUACCGUUGGAGUCACAAGCUACCCAGGGAAGUGGAUCGUGUUAUCUUUCACGUGCUCAAUGUAGAAAAGAUUCAGCCGUACCGCACCCAGCCUAUUGUAGUGAUGGGAGGGAACGGACAUCCGUUUGACGAGAAGAAAAAGGAGUUAGAGAGGGCAGUACAGGAAGCGGACACGUAUCACAAGUGCAGUCCACAGGUGUAAUGAUGGAAAGAAACUUGGAGCAAAAAAGCACUGAAACAUUCGAGUUACUUCGUCAUAUAUCCUUAUCUUUUAGUCUGCGACUACAACCGCUUUUCAUUGCUCCCCGUUGCUGAAUCGUUUCGCGUCGUCUCUCCUUGCGAACGUCCUCAGAGACAAGUAGCGAUUAGAGUCGGCUUUAUUCGCAGGCUAUCUUUUUUAUCGGUCACCGAUUUUAAAAUUCCUUCUCUGAUGCAGAACAACUCAGUUGUAGAAGAUCACUUCCUUGUUAAGUGUUAUAAAAUGUUUUUCUCUACGUUUCCCACCUUCCGCCCUAGUGAGCACACACAGUGAGAGGAGGUCGAGGGUGGACCAUUUCAUACAAAUCACUGUAUUUUGUAACCCUAAUCCACGAGUUUAUCCCUGAGGGGGUUAAGAGUCUUAAUGAGUUCUAAGCCGGGCCUUUCGGUGGCCGGCUCCCCGAUUUCCCAAAUUUGAGGCUCCCCAGACUCUUUAUUCAAUCUACGUGUGGACGUUAUAGCGGAGCUCUCGCGUGCGAAGCGCGCGCAGCGGAGCACCAUGGGUAAGAAAAUUUGGUAAUCACGUGACCUUACACCGAUCGACCGUCCGUCCGCACCACAGGCAUACCAAUGUAAAAUAGCUCAUUGAACAGGUAUGGCAACCCAAAUUCAACUCGAGGUUAUUUUGAAGGGAAGUCGCAUAACUACCCGCGUCUUGUGAAGCAGAGACAACUAAGGAGUCACUGAAGACGAAAACGGAAAGCGAAAAUUGUCUCUGUAUCCGUGUUUUCUAAAGUAUUAAGCUUAGAUUAAUUGUCAAGUCCACAAAUUUGGAAUAUAGAGCAAGAAAAAGACCGAGAAAAAGAGAAAGUAGGCGGCAGGGCAGCGAAGCUCAACGAGAAAAAGGGCGACAGAGAUCUAAAGCGAGAGAUAAAAAACAAAGGAGACAUUUUUUUCUUGGAAGAACAACAUGAAAAUUCUGUAACGACGGUAACAAAAUGAGAAAUGCUAGCGGCCACCAAUGGAAGGUGAAAAUGAGCGGCAGUGAAAAAAAAAGUGAACAGGAAAACGUGCGACAUUUCCUCCAUAAAACGUGUAACUAAGAAGUUUCUGGAAGUUUCACGUCGUAGUCGUGAAAAACAACGGCAAAGAAAUGUACAAAAAAAGUGUGCUGCGCGUGCAAAGUUGCUUUUUUGCUAAUUAGACCUAUUGUUGUUUUUCACCGUUCUACGGCGUUGCCUUCACCGCUUAGCAUUACAAUAUUUUAUAUUUUGUUUGAGCAAACUAUAAAUAUUAUCGAGAGCUUCGCUUUUAGCCCUGGCUAAAUCUAUAUUACAUGUACAUUCGAAUCUCAUUAGUUUUUAACGCCACUAAGUUUAAUAUUUAGUGGACAAAACACUUUCUACCAUUAGGGAGCGGGGGGAGGAGGCGUGUAAAAAUUAUCUUUUUAAAAGUAUAUUCAUAUUGUCUUUUUAAAAGUAUAUUCAGUAUAAUCAGGGAUUCUUUGAAACAGUUAAAGAGCUACAAAUUAGCUCGAUCUCAUCAUCUCAUCGGACAUAAGUGUUAACUGGGCGAUGUACGAUAGAACUAAUGUUAAUCUGCUUUAACGCAUUCUGGCAUUUAGUUGGUGGAAUCAAUUACCGUCCAUCUUGAUUAAGCGUAGGCGUUUUUGAUCACUGGAAGAUUUUUGUGAUGUUUUUAAGCCUGAUCCCGAUAACAACUGCUGAAUACAAAGUUCAAGAUUCAAC